CUCACCGACCAAGCACAUCAUACACAGCUACCCUCUUUAAGUCCACCUAACAAAGUUUGGAAGUCCCAUUUAAUGCCCUGCUGAAACCUGCGUCGCUAAGUGUGGAUAACGAUAAUUUGAAAAGACUCGUGAAGAAUCAGAAAAAGAAUGGAAGUUUGAAAAGAGAGGCAUUUUGAUUUGAAGGGCAUCCAGAGUAGGGAAUAAAAAUUAAAGACAAAAUAGUUAAAAACAAAAAGUAAAAAAAGUCAUGAGCACGGCUGCCGGAGCUGGAAUCUAGCUUCUGUGGAGGCAAAUAACAAAUGCAGCGGCAGGGUUGAAAAACCAAAUGGACUUGGAAGUUGAGAGAAUGGGAUGAAAUCAAGUGACUGAAAGAUGGGUGACAAUAGAGAGGCUUUACUAGGGGCGGAAAACAAGUAUUUUGAGAAUUGCCCAGGAUGUAAAGUGGAGCUGCUUAAGGAGACCAACCCCGGUAUUCCUUUCAAGCAUUUACUCUAUGUCUGGGUCGUUGUUCUUGCUGCCGCUUUGCCAAUCUCCUCUCUUUUUCCUUUCCUUUAUUUCAUGAUAAGGGACUUCAAUAUUGCAAAAAAGGAGGAAGAUAUUGGCUACUAUGCUGGUUAUGUAGGAUCUGCCUUUAUGUUUGGAAGAGCUUUGACUUCUGUUUUUUGGGGAAUGAUUGCUGAUCGAUAUGGUCGAAAGCCUGUAAUUAUGUUUGGCACGUUUUCAGUGGUUAUUUUCAACACUCUCUUCGGCCUUAGUACAAAUUUUUGGGUUGCAGUUUCUACACGCUUUCUUCUUGGAAGUUUGUGUGGCAUUCUUGGCCCCAUGAGGGCAUAUGCUUCCGAAGUUUGCCGUAAGGAGUAUCAAGCGUUGGGAAUGUCCAUUAUUAGCACAUCAUGGGGCAUUGGCUUAGUCAUUGGUCCAGCUCUUGGAGGUUUUCUUGCGCAGCCUGCGGAGAAGUUCCCAUAUAUAUUUGCCAAUGAAUCCCUUUUUGGGAGGUUCCCAUACUUCUUACCAUGCAUUUUGAUAUCACUUUUCGCAUUUGGUGUCUUUCUGAUUUCCUGUUCACUUCCAGAGACAUUGCACAUCCAUGAGAGAAAUGAUAAAGAAUGUGAUAAAUUAAACGAUGCAUUAGUGACCUCCACAGGUGAGCCUAAUGCAAAUGAAAAAGUACGAAUUGUAGGAAGACAUCCGACCUCUCAGCAGAACCUUUGGAAGAACUGGCCCUUAAUGUCAUCUAUUAUAGUAUAUUGUGUUUUCCAACUCCACGAUAUGGCCUAUGCUGAGAUUUUCUCACUUUGGGCAGUCAGUCCUAGGAAGAAUGGAGGAUUGAGCUAUUCCACUGCAGAUGUUGGUGAAGUUCUUGCAAUUUCAGGCUGUGGACUGCUGCUCUUCCAGCUGUUUUUAUACCCACUCAUAGAGAAGACUUUAGGCCCAGUAAUGAUAUCUCGCUUAGGAGCGGUCUUGACCAUACCAUUGCUGUUCACUUACCCAUUUAUAGCUAUGCUAAAAGGCUUGAGCCUCAUGUUCUUGAUUUCCUCUGCAUCUGUGCUAAAGAAUGUGCUCUCUGUAUCAAUCACUACAGGCUUGUUCCUUCUGCAAAACAGAGCUGUGACUCAAAAGCAAAGAGGAGCUGCAAAUGGAAUUUCUAUGUCUGCUAUGUCCAUAUUCAAAGCUGUUGGUCCAGCUGCUGGUGGUUCACUCUUUUCUUGGGCACAGAAUCGACAGAAUGCUUUCUUUCUUCCAGGUGAUCAAAUGGUUUUCUUCGCCUUAAACAUGAUUGAAGUGAUUGGACUGCUCAUGACCUUUAAGCCUUUCCUAAUACCACCUGACGACACUGUUUUGUAGUAGUUUUAUUUUGUUUUGACUUCCAUAAAAUUAUCUUCGUCAGUAGCCAGCUCCUCUUUGAAUGCAACAAUAUAAACAAAUAGACUUGUGCUUGGCUAUGGAAGGCGUUGCUUUGGACUUCUAACAGCAUUUGCUUUCUCAUGGUCGAGUGUCACCCAUGGAAAACUAUUUGGUGUGUUAUUUAUUUAUUUAUUUUCUUCUAGUGGUUAGUUGAAAUGUCUUAUAGUGGAUAGAGCAUUUUCCUUUUUUGUGGAUAUGUAGUGAAGUCCUUUGCUUGAUGCAUGGAUAGUCUCAAAUGAUGCCAUGCGUGCAAAUAUUUAUUAACAACUCAAAUUUCGAAAUUAAAUUAUAAAUAUUUUCUAUCA